CGGCCGGGGGGGAGCCGCCUCCUCCACAGCUGCCCGCACCUCGCCACCCGGCCCUGCCUCCGCCUCUUCCUCCGGCGGCUGCAGCCCGCUUGCUGCCACCCCCGCCGCACCCCCGAGGCUGCCUGGCGGAGCGGGGAGGGGGCCCGGCGUCCGCCGCUUCGGCCUGGCCGGGAGGCGUGCAUGCCCCGGCUGCCUGCGGCGCUCACCAGCAGCAUGCUCUAUUUCCAGAUGGUGAUUAUGGCAGGGACGGUGAUGCUGGCGUACUACUUCGAGUACACGGACACGUUCACCGUGAACGUGCAAGGCUUCUUCUGUCACGACAGCGCCUACCGCAAGCCCUACCCGGGCCCGGAGGACAGCAGCGCUGUGCCCCCGGUGCUCCUCUACUCGCUGGCCGCCGGGGUCCCCGUGCUCGUGAUAAUAGUUGGAGAAACUGCUGUGUUUUGCCUACAACUAGCUACAAGAGAUUUUGAAAACCAGGAAAAGACUAUUUUGACUGGAGACUGUUGCUAUAUAAAUCCACUGGUGCGUCGAACUGUCCGAUUUCUUGGAAUUUACACGUUUGGAUUAUUUGCUACAGAUAUCUUUGUAAAUGCUGGACAAGUAGUUACAGGGAAUCUGGCUCCACAUUUUCUUGCCCUGUGUAAACCCAACUAUACGGCGCUGGGAUGCCAGCAGUAUACACAGUUCAUCAGUGGAGAGGAGGCCUGUACCGGCAACCCAGACCUCAUCAUGAGGGCAAGGAAAACGUUUCCAUCCAAAGAAGCGGCCCUCAGUGUCUAUGCAGCUAUGUACCUGGCAAUGUACAUUACCAGCACAAUCAAAACCAAAGGAACAAGACUUGCUAAGCCUGUUCUAUGUUUGGGCUUAAUGUGUUUGGCCUUUCUGACUGGACUCAACAGAGUAGCAGAAUAUCGAAAUCAUUGGUCAGAUGUGAUAGCAGGCUUUCUUGUUGGAAUUUCCAUAGCAGUAUUUCUGGUUGUGUGCGUGGUAAAUAAUUUCAAAGGAAAACAACCAGAAAAUGAGCAUAUACACAUGGAUAAUCUGGCACAGAUGCCAAUGAUCAGCAUUCCUCGAGUAGAAAGUCCUUUGGAAAAGGUAACAGCUGUACAGAACCACAUCACUGCCUUCGCAGAAGUCACAUGAUAAUGAAGCAGAUGGUCUGUCCUUGCACUGGACAUCAUCCCUUUUCACCAUCCAUCCAUAACACCCAAAGUUUGUUUAGUCACAAAAGAGGUUUUAAAAGUUGUCUAAUAAUUUUUAUAAUUUUAAAAUCAGUGUCAUCUUACCUGUUUCCCCCACUAGACUGUGAGCUCCUCGAGGGCAAGACUGUGUCUUCUUUUUCCUGUACCCCCUGCACCUACCACUAUGCUUAGCAUCAAGUAGGUGUACAAUAAAGAGUUGAUAUCCAAAUGAACAGAUUAUUUCUUAAAUAAAACACUCACUUUAGCUUCUCACAGUAUCCUUGCAACUAUAUGAAAAGAAACCUUUACACGAGUCAUUUGUGUAAAGAAGUCUCUAUUUGGGCCUAACUAAGGUUACUUUUUCCACUUAUUUGUUUGACAGUAUGUCAUAUUUAAUGUGCAGUGGACUUUGAAAGUCAUGGGGGGUUUUAUUUUAUCAUUCAGCAUGACAUUAUUUCCAUUCUAACAGAUUGCAGUGUGAAUUUACUUUUAGAAAGUAUGUUCUAAACUAAACCAAUGUUUGCACAUUAUACUAUCCUAUAUUUCACUUAAAAUACCGUUCGUACUAUACAUUCUAAGACUGGUGCUUCUGCUUUUGAAGGGGAAAAAAUGCCAAUUUUUACUGUAAUAAGUAAUGUAUCAUAAUUAAAAAUUAUUUAUU